AUGGCGAGCAGCACGGCCGUCCCAGCGCCUUUCUCAUCCAGCACUCUCAUCGCCAUCAAGGUCCUCCAUCACGGACGACAUGUUCGACUGAAGCUCGCCUUCACCGAUCUGGGUCCGGACAGGCUCCCCGCGAAGCUACGAGCCGCUCUCAACAUCCCAGCCGACUCAGACGUCAUCUUCGAGCGCUUCUCCGACAGCUCGCAGUCUCACAUCCGCCUGGACCCCAACAACCUCCAUGCAUAUAGGUCCUUACUUCGCGCUGCGAAGGCGAAGCUGAAACUCCGACUUCGUGCAACCAUGCCUGAAGAUAAUGCCAACAACCCGACCGCGUCGGCCUCGAUUGCCAAUGGCUCCACUCUCGCGGAUCCCAUAUCGGGUCCCCCAACCAAGGCGCCUCCUGUUUCCACCGCCCAAGGUGGUGAUCCGAUCCCGAUGUCGAACCCAUCCGAGACCACUUUGAUCGAGCAGUUCAAGUCCGUCCUCCAAGGCAUUGAUGCCAGCUCGAAGGCCUCGGAUAACACCAACGUGAAAGACGUGGUCGGUGAACCCGAGCCUCCAACUCCUGAUCCGUUCUCGGAUGAACAAGAAUCCACAAACCUUCCGGAGCCUGAGAAGAAAUGCAAAUGGGCCCUGGCGUGCAACUGGACCGUAUAUUGCAACAGCUGCGAUAAGCCCAUGUCUGGCGAACAUUACCAUUGCAGUAUCUGCGACGAGGGUGACUACGACCUCUGCGCCCACUGCGUCGAUGCCGGCGUUCAUUGUCCCGGUGAAGGCCACUGGCUCAUCAAGCGUGUCGUCAAGAAUGGAGCAGUGCUAAGCAGCACUACUGAACGCAUUGCACCCAAGUCCAAGGACACCGAUGCUCCGGAAAUCAAGGUGGAGUCCCAGGAGAAGACCGAGGUCAAGGUCGAGAAAGCUCGUGAAGUCAAAGUGGAGAAGGCUGAAGUCGCCCUACCCAAGGCUGAGAAGGUUGAAGCUACCCAACCCAAGGCCGAGAAGGCGUCUCUGCAGAGGAUGCCUGGAUCUUACCAGGAAGAGAUCAAAUGGACCUCCGCUGUCAAACACCCUUCCCGCACUUGCAACUCGUGCGUUCGAAUCUUCCCCGAGGAGAACUUCGUGCACUGCACUACCUGCGAUGAUUUUGAUCUUUGCUUCCAGUGCCUGAGAGGUGGCAAACACGGUCAUCAUCCCGCACAUGCGUUCGAGGGAGCGACUUCGAACACAUACAUGCAGAUCUCCGACAAGAUCUUGUGCCGUAAUGCCACCCACUCCGCCAUCUGUGAUGGCUGUGACCUGUACAUCCAUGGCGUUCGCCACAAGUGCUUGAAUUGCCCGGAUUGGGACUACUGCGACACCUGCAUCAAGAGCGCCAAGGAGAUCCAUCCCGGCCACCGAUUUGUGCCAAUCUACGAUCCCCUUCCAGAACCUCGGACUAUGCCGGUAUCUCACUACGGCAUCUUCUGUGAUGGACCACUCUGCAACAACGACAAGCCUGGUCAACAGUACAUCUACGGAACUCGCUACAAGUGUGCCAUUUGCCAUGACACGGAUUUCUGUUCCAACUGCGAGGCUUCUCCAGGCAACAAGCACAACCGAACUCAUCCUUUGAUCAUGCUCAAGACUCCGGUCCACAACGUCAGUGUGACUACCAUGGGUGAGAACCGGGAUGGGUCGUCCACCACCAUGGGCGAUGCCCAAGCUCGCGCCUCCACUUUGCCGUCCGUUCAGAGCGAGGUUUCCCCGGUGCUGACCAUCGCUGAUCUGAAGCCGACGGAGGCAUCCGCCGCUCCGCGCUCCCCACCGAAGGAGAAGAUCGAGAUCAAAGACCUUCUGACUGAGCCUAUUAAUGAGAAGAUCAAGAUCCAGGACCUUCUGUCCGCUCCACAAGAGCAGGACAAGGCUGAGCAAAAGACAGUGCCUCCCCCACCUCCGGCCAGCGUCCCGGCCUCGGUUGGAACCGCCACACAGUACGGUGAUCUGAACGCCCACUUCCUUCAUGACCUUGUCACCGAUGGCAGCAAGAUGGUGGCUGGCCGACGAUUCCUCCAGGUUUGGACCAUUCUUAACCCCGGCCCGAUCCGCUGGCCCGCUGGAUGCCGUGUCCGAUACGUUGGGGGCGACAACAUGCUCGCCAUGGAAAGCGAACUUACCCUUUCUCUCCAAAACUACGAGCAGACCACUGAAAGCAACGUCGUCCAUGCUCCCGUCGAGGUCGGCCAGAAGUUCGCCUUCCGCGUCUGCAUGAAGGCACCCGCUCGUGUCGGUACCGCCAUCUCCUACUGGCGUCUCAAGGCCCCUGACGGCACACCUUUCGGUCACCGUCUAUGGUGCCACAUCAAAGUCGUCGAGGAGACCCCAGAGCAGAAAUGUAUGACGGACUUUUUGGGCACCACCCCGCAUCUGAACAAGCGCGCUUCCAUGCCGCUCCGCCUCGACGGCGUCCCGAACCCGUACCGAUACGUCCCCGAGGUCCAUGGACAAGCACCACCCCCUCCUCCUCCGGCGCCGAAGAUUCCACACAACACCAUGGCCAACGUAUAUCCCACCAUCCCAUACAUGCCUGCGUCGUUCGUUCCCGGACCCAGCACCAACCCCCCGCCUCCGCCGUUCCCGAGCGACCGCCACCGUGAGCAGCUGCGCCUGCAACAGCGUGCUCACGCCAUGCGUCAACAGCACCUGGUGUCGCGGAUGGGUUCUCAACACACCCCCGGCAUGAUCGACGACUACCAGUCACGCCUCACCUCGCUGAAGGAGCAGCAAGAGCAGGCCAACCGGGUGCUUCAGCAAAAGAAAGAUCUCAUGAAACCGGCGACCGAGCCGUCGGCACCACAGCCUCCCCCGAAAUUUGGCUCGACCACAUCCCAGGAUGCCCUUCACGACUACAAUAUGCAGUUGAUGUUGCUGGACCAGCAGAAUAAGCGUCGUCUGCAUAUGGCCCGCAUGGAGCAAGAGGCGCAGAAGGCGAAAGAGGCUCGACAGGAUGCCGAGGAUCGCAAGUCGGAAAUGGCAGUCAAAGCGGAAGAAGCACGCAAGGCUAAAGACGCACGCUUGGAUGAAGAAGCACGCAAGCUUGAGGAGCGCAUUAUCCAAGACGUUAUGCAGUCCUACCGUCCUUCCCCACCCAGCGCUGCAACCCCCGCGCCUCCUCCUCAGAUGCCCUACCUCGCCCGCUCUUUCCCCCACGGCGUCCCUCCCGCACCCCAAGCCACCGCCGGUGCCUCCUCGCCCCGCAACCACCGCUCACACCCUUUCAUGUUCAAUAAGCAUGAAUCCAUCUCAGAGCGCUACAUCGGGAAGAUGAUCCACCCGCCCCCGCCCCCCAUGGUCCACGAAGCUAAGCACAUCGAGGACGUCAACGAGCCCCUUCCGUCGUGGGCACCCAAGUCGCCGUCCGCCACCCUGCGCAGGCCGACGGAGGCAGACCUCUUGACGACGCGAGAGGGUCGACGUCAGCUCCCACAGUCGGGCUUCGCCCUCCCGGGAGAGAUUCCCGCUCUGGAGGAGGCGCCGCCGCAUGCAGAUAAGGGCAAGGGCAAGGCGAAGGAGGCGAUGAUUUUCCCCGUGCUGCAGGAGGACGGCAGCCCGAGCACUAGCAUGCACGAGUCUGCCAGCGCGUCGACCAGCCACGAUGCGGCGAUCCGCGAUCCCCUGGAGCUAGCUCUGGAUGACGAGGCGAGCAGCUCUGCGACUCAAGCGGGUGCGCCCACAACCGAGGCUGGAUCGGCAACCACGGCGAACCCGAUGGCGGCGCGCGUGGAGGAUGAGGAGGAGUUCUUCGACGAUGCGGAGAGCUUGACGAUGGAGUUAGUGGAUGUGGGGGCGGAGAGUGAGGGGUCGGGGUUCUUGACGGAUGAGGAGUAUGAGAUUCUAGAUGCGAGUGAUGAGGAGGUGUAG